AUGCCUCGCGGGCCCACUGCCACUUCCUCUGCUAGAGACAGCCAGGACCACGCUCACUCUCAAGACACAAAGACAACUAAGCGUCGCUGCGUGCAAUCUGCCUGUGUCCCAUGUCGUAAACGCAAGUCCAAAUGUGACGGCGGCACGCCCGUCUGCGCAACCUGCACAGCUGUCUACAAGACUGAUUGCCACUACGACGCUGAAAGCGAGAGCCGGCGGACCAAAGCCGGACAGGCAACCUCCAACAACGCAGGAACCAAGCGCGAUGCUUCCUCCGUCACCAGCCUCACCCUUGGGGGCCCUUCCAAUGCAGAUUUUAUCCUUGACUGCCUCCGGAAGCUGCCAGAGGAUCACGUCAGCGAGCUUGUUCAGCUCAUUCGAGGCAACCCUGACCUUGACAACGAAGCCCUGGCAGAGACAUGGCGCAAGAACGUAACCCUGACCCCCGUCACGCCCACGGAGAGCCAAAGCCUUGAAUCUGAUUUCAGUGUACUACUCGGCAAGCCCGCUGUAACCCUCUCUGGCCAAAGCCGGCACUUUGGACACUCUGCCAGCCUGAGCCUCGUCCGUGAAGAAGAAAAUUUCAGCGGCGGACAGCUUCGUAUCAGCAGUGUCCAACCACAGCGCCAGGGAUCAACGUGGACAAAUGUUACUGACGAUCUAUCUUUUGUCGAGAGACUACUCGACCUCUACUUCACAUGGAGCCAUCCAUUUUACGUCCUCUUCAGCCGAGAGUGUUUCUACAAAGAUUUCAGAGCUGGCCGCGACAAGUACUGCUGCUCCCUGCUCGUCAAUGCCAUAUGCGCAUAUGCUUGCCACAUGACAGACGACCCCGCUGGUCGUACUGAUCCAUCCGACUUCCGCACGGCAGGAGAUCAUUUCUUCGACGAAGCUAGGCGGUUGUUAUUUGAGGAUGAAACCCCGAGUCUCACGACAGUACAGGCGCUUUGUGUCAUGUCACUUCGUGAGCCCAGCGCAGGAAGAGACAGCUCUGGUUUCUCCUACAUUGGGCGAUGCAUACGCAUGUGUGUCGAACUCGGGUUGCAUUUGGAUUACGGUGUAGAAAAUGUGCUUGGUUUGACACCCAGCGAAGUCGAGGUUCGGAAAGUUACUUUCUGGGGCUGCUUUACCGUAGAAAAUGUGUGGACAAUCGCUACAGGUCGAAUCUCCCAAAUCCCCCGAUCUUCAAUCACACUCCAAAAGCCUAUUCUUGACGAGACAACAAGCGGCCCAGAAGCGUUUCCUGGUACUUCACACACCUGUAGCGGUGUUGUAACCUCUCGCAUGUUCCUACAAGAGCUCUCAACGCUUUCAGAACUCAUCAAUGACAACAACCAUAUGUUCUUUGCUCCAAAAGAGCGGCUUACUAGCCAAAAACUUCUUGACUGUUACUACAAAUAUCAAGCCUGGUACAGAAAACUGCCAGUCUCUUUGGGAAUCGAGGGCAACAAAGAACCACAACCACACAUUCUGACAUUACACAUGUUCUACUACACAAUUAUCAUUCACCUCUUUCGGCCAUUACUCAAGGUCGACCUCAUCCAAUCCGACAUCCGCCCGCGUGACAUCUGUAUUGACGCAGCCAACAACGUGUCCAGAAUUGUCAGGAUUCAUCGGCAAUUGUACAACUUCCGGCAAGCACAUUUGGUUAUUACACAUGUGCUGUUAACUGUCUGCACAAUACAUCUGCUCUAUUCCAAAGAAAACCAGGUGUCUCGGCAAAAUCUCGUCGAGGGAUUACAAGGUCUUGAAGAUGUUCACGAAUGCCACUACUUUGGUGCAAGGGCCUUCCGAAUCAUACAUAAUUUGUCAAAGACUUGGAACCUGCCGUUUCCGGAAGAAUUCAGCAAUUCAAUAUUGCUACCGAAGAACGACUCAGAAAGUUCCCACCGGCACAUGAGUCCUCCAGCAGAUGCCCCUCUAAUGAUACCGAACUCUACAGCCAGUAGUGGUAAUGCAGGGCCUGGGACGGUCCAUUCCGCUCAAUCUCAACGACGAGAGAGUUUGUCAAUGUUUGCCCCUCAAAAUAUGAUGCAUUUGGCUACACACCCCGCACACUCGAGACCGAGCAGUGUGGUAUCUACCCAACGCCACGUAUCGCCCGUAGUUGGGCACGAGCCUAUCCAAAGCAAUUAUAACUCCAACAUAUCGCUUCCGUACCAGUACGCGCAGCCCAUGUCGUCGGCCACCAACAUGUCUGCCUCAAUAACAUCACCCACCACAGACACGGCAGAGUCCAUGUUUUGGAACCCCAUGCCCGGUAUGUCUGGCCCCAUCCUGCCCCGCCACAGUUAUCAACAAAUAGGCCCCAUGGUCCUGGAAAGUGUCCUACACGAUAACACCAACAUAGAUAACCGUCUAGUACGCGAUGAUUUCAGGAUGAGCGAAGACUGGCGUUCCAGCCACGUCAACGGCUUCAACACGGGUGUUGCAUCAAACGUGUACUCUGCUCCAAACAACCAGCACGAGCACUCGUACGCACCCCGACAAGCCUAUGUCGCGCCAACAGACGGUGUGGGGUACCCUUCAGAUGCACACGAUGGACAUCACGGGCAUCGCGAACAUCAUGGACAGGAUGGAUACAGUAGCACGUGGUGGCAGAGUGCGGGCGCAGCGCCUGGACACAUGGGUUGGCAGACAUCAAGGGCCAAGGGUGAGGAGGGAGAGGAAGUUCAUCCUACGACCACUGUCUACGGAACUCAUGGGUAG